GCCGAUCCUUCGAAAACCUCCCGCCCAGCUAGCUACCUGCAAUCCGGACAGGUGGCGCUGGGACCCCGGGACAGGGCUCCAGGCUUGCAGCUGGUGACAUGUAGACCCCUUUCUCUGCCCACCUCCCCUCGCGGUCCAGCCUCGGCACCUGGGCGCCCUCCUGUCCGGAAAGUUUGGGGUUGGGCGCCAUGGCCAAGAUCAGCUCCCUGAAUGUCCGCGUGGUGGAGGGCCGGGCGCUGCCCGCCAAGGACGUGUCUGGGAGCAGCGACCCCUACUGCAUCAUCAAGGUGGAUGACGAAGUAGUAGCCAGGACAGCAACUGUGUGGCGGAGCCUGCGCCCUUUCUGGGGGGAGGAGUACACGGUGCACCUGCCCCUGGACUUCCACCGCCUGGCCUUCUAUGUGCUCGACGAGGACGCUGUUGGGCAUGACGACAUCAUCGGCAAGAUCUCACUGAGCAGGGAGGCGAUUGCAGCGGAUCCCCGAGGAAUUGACAGCUGGAUUAACCUGAGCCGUGUGGACCCGGAUGCGGAGGUGCAAGGUGAGAUCUACCUGGCCGUGCAGAUGCUGGAGGAUGCGCGGGGCCGCUGUCUUCGCUGCCACGUGCUCAAGGCCAGGGACCUGGCCCCCCGAGACAUCUCCGGCACAUCUGACCCAUUCGCACGUGUGUUUUGGGGCAGCCAGAGCUUGGAGACUUCGACCAUCAAGAAGACUCGCUUCCCACACUGGGAUGAGGUGCUGGAGCUACGGGAAAUGCCAGGCGCCCCAUCCCCGCUGCGGGUGGAGCUCUGGGACUGGGACAUGGUGGGCAAGAACGACUUCUUGGGCAUGGUGGAGUUCCCCCCAAAGGUCCUGCAGCAGAACCCACCCAACGGCUGGUUCCGUCUCCUGCCCUUUCCCAGAGCUGAGGAGGAUUCUGGGGGGCACCUGGGCGCCCUGCGCCUGAAAGUGCGCCUCACCGAGGACCGGGUCCUGCCCUCCCAGUGCUACCGGCCGCUGCUGGAGCUGCUCAUGGAGUCCGUGCAGGGGCCGGUGGAGGAAGAUGUUUCCAGCCCCCUGGCUCUGCUGGAGGAGUUGACCUCAGGGGACUGCCGCCAGGACCUUGCCACCAAGCUGGUGAAGCUCUUUCUUGGCCAGGGUCUGGCUGGGCCCUUUCUGGACUAUCUCACCCGGCGUGAGUUGGCGAGGACCACCGACCCCAACACCCUCUUCCGUUCCAACUCUCUGGCAUCCAAGUCAGUGGAACAGUUCAUGAAGCUCGUGGGCAUGCCCUACCUGCACGAGGUCCUGAAGCCAGUGAUUAACCGGGUCUUCGAAGAGAAGAAGUACAUGGAACUGGACCCAUGCAAGAUGGACCUGGGCCGCACCAGGAGGAUCUCCUUCAAGGGCACCCCCUCCGAGGAGCACGUGCGGGAGGCCAGCCUGGGGCUGCUGACGGGCUACCUGGGGCCCAUCGUGGAUGCCAUCGUGGACUCCGUGGAGCGCUGCCCGCCUGCCAUGCGCCUCGCCUUCAAGCAGCUGCAUCGGCGCGUGGAGGAGCGCUUCCCCCAGGCAGAGCAUAAGGAUGUGAAGUACCUGGCCAUAAGCGGCUUUCUCUUCCUGCGAUUCUUUGCCCCUGCCAUCCUCACCCCGAAGCUGUUUGACCUCCGGGACCAGCACGCAGAUCCCCAGACCGGCCGCUCACUGCUGCUGCUCGCCAAGGCUGUGCAGAGCAUCGGAAACCUGGGCCAGCAGCUGGGCCAGGGCAAGGAGCUGUGGAUGGCCCCCCUGCACCCCUUCCUGCUGCAGAGUAUCUCUCGUGUGAGAGACUUCCUGGACCAGCUGGUGAAUGUUGAUGGGGAGGAGGAGGCUGGGGGCCCGGCCAGGGCCCUGGUCCCGCCCUCGGUGACAGUUCGGGAAGGCUACCUGCUGAAGCGCAAGGAGGAGCCCACCAGUCUGGCCACGCGCUUUGCCUUCAAGAAGCGGUACUUCUGGCUCAGUGGGGAGAUGCUCUCCUACUCCAAGAGUCCUGAGUGGCAGAUGCGCUCCUCCAUCCCCGUGGCGCACAUCCGCGCCGUGGAGCGCGUGGACGAGGGCGCCUUCCAGCUGCCGCACGUGAUGCAGGUGGUGACGCAGGACGGCUCCGGGACGCUGCACACCACCUACCUCCAGUGCAAAAACGUGAACGAGCUGAACCAAUGGCUGUCGGCCCUGCGCAAGGCCAGCGCCCCCAACCCCGGCAAGCUGGCCACCUGCCACCCGGGCGCCUUCCGGGGCGCGCGCUGGACCUGCUGCCUCCAGGCCGAGCGCUCAGCUGCUGGUUGUAGCCACACACACUCGGCUGUCACCCUGGGAGACUGGAGUGACCCACUGGAUCCUGAUGCUGAGGCCCAGAUGGUGUAUCGGCAGCUGCUCCUGGGGCGGGACCAGCUCAGGAUGAAAUUCCUGGAGGAUUUCAACAUGGAUACAAGUCCAGAGUCAGACACAGGGGACUCCAGGGCCUGUCCUGAUGCCCUGGCCCGGCAGCGAGAAGCAGCGACCCGCCUGCUGGAGGUGCUCGAAGACCUAGAUCGAGCCCACGAGGAGUUCCAGUGGCAGGAGGCUGGGAAGGUGGUCUCGGGUCCCCUUGGGCCCUGA